CACCAAUUCACAUGGUCGGUUUUCGCGGAAAAUUUUCCAAGCUCAUCACUUUUUUUGUUAACUGAGAGUAGCUGAGCAGUCUGGCGUUACGCACAGCCAUGAAGUACAUCCUUGUAACAGGGGGUGUCAUUAGUGGAAUCGGAAAGGGUGUCAUCGCCAGUAGUAUUGGUACAGUCCUCAAAUCAUGCGGCGUGCGAGUCACAUCAAUAAAGAUUGAUCCAUACAUCAACAUUGAUGCCGGGACCUUCUCUCCCUAUGAACACGGUGAAGUGUUUGUCCUUGAUGAUGGCGGAGAGGUUGACCUUGACCUUGGCAACUACGAGCGCUUCCUUGACGUGAAGCUCCACCGCGAUAACAACAUCACAACAGGCAAGAUAUACCAGCAGGUCAUUGCGAGGGAAAGGAAGGGAGACUACUUGGGUAAAACAGUACAAGUUGUGCCUCACAUAACUGAUGCCAUCCAAGAAUGGGUGGAAAAUGUCGCCAAGAUUCCCGUUGAUGGUGACCUAAAAGAGCCGGAUGUGUGCGUGAUAGAACUCGGCGGGACAAUCGGCGACAUUGAAGGCAUGCCGUUUGUCGAGGCGUUCCGACAGUUCCAGUUCAGAGUGAAACGGGAGAAUUUCUGUUCUCUGCAUGUGAGCUUGAUCCCAGAGCCUAAAACCACUGGUGAACAAAAAACUAAACCGACUCAGAACAGCGUGCGGGAACUCCGUGGCCUCGGCAUUGCGCCAGAUCUCAUCAUGUGCCGCAGCCAGUCGGCACUCCAGCAGAAUGUUAAGGAAAAGAUUUCCAUGUUUUGUCACGUCGAGCCGGGCCAGGUCAUCGGUGUCCAUGAUGUAUCGUCUAUUUAUCGUGUGCCACUUAUGCUCGAGGAACAGAACGUUGUCGAUUACUUGACCGAGCGGUUACACUUAAAAUGCUCGGCUAGUGCGAAACCAAGGAAAUUCUUGGCCAAGUGGCGAGACUUGGCCGACAGAUAUGACCGCAUGUUGAAAGAAGUGACAAUUGCCCUGGUUGGAAAAUACACAAAACUGGAGGAUGCCUACGCGUCCGUUAUAAAAGCUCUCAAACACGCCGCCCUUGCGUGUAAUCAUCGCUUGAAUCUCAAGUGUAUAGAAGCUGCAGAUCUAGAGGUGACGACACAGAAGGAAGAUCCGGUCCGAUAUCACGAGGCUUGGCAACAGUUGUGUAGUAGCAAUGGAAUUUUAGUUCCUGGUGGUUUUGGCAGUCGAGGCACAGAGGGUAAAAUAAUGGCUAUAAAUCACGCCCGGAAGAACGGAAAGCCAUUUCUAGGGGUGUGUCUUGGCCUGCAGUGUGCUGUGAUCGAGUUUGCCCGCAAUGAACUGAACUGGACUGAUGCCCAUUCCACUGAAUUCAACCCAAAAACCGAACAUCCCGUUGUGAUAGAGAUGCCUGAACACAAUCCUGGCAAUCUCGGGGGGACGAUGAGGCUUGGUCUCCGCAAGACCAUCUUCAAACCUGAAAUCAAAUCCAAACUCAGGCUUCUUUAUGGCAACCCGGACUAUAUUGAGGAGCGCCAUCGUCACCGAUAUGAAGUUAACCCGGAUAUCAUCAAACAGUUGGAAGACAAAGGCAUGAAAUUUGCUGGGCAGGAUAUCGAAGGGGAAAGAAUGGAAAUCAUGGAAAUCCCAGCACACCCAUACUUCGUGGCAGUACAGUAUCAUCCCGAAUACAUAUCCAGACCCCUGAAACCAUCUCCGCCAUAUCUCGGACUCCUUCUCGCAUCGUGCGGAAAACUUGAAAACUUCAUCGCCAAAGAGUGCAAGUUAUCUCCACGGAGCGCCCUGUGUUCUUCUGACUCGGAUAUCUCAUCUGACGACCAGAUGGAGGCUGACGCCUAAAAUGUUUGUAGGCUUACAGUAUCAACUAUAGCGCCCAAACAAGUGAUUUUUGUCACUGCGACCUGCGAUAAUAAUCAUGUGCGACAAUAAUCACUCUUCUGCGGUGGCCAUUGCAUGUGCCUGCAAUAAGAAUCCGCAAGCAAUCAAUAUCAACGAGAUCUUUUUGUUGCACGUCGCAGCAAUUAUUGUCACAGGUCGCUGUGAUCAAAAUCCUAUGUUUGCGUGGCACUUAACCCACAGCAGAGGAUUAUGUAAUUCUGCCUGUAUGAAAAUCUUGUAAACUUCCUCAUGUACAUGAAAAUCCUGCUUCCUAUCGUGACUUGGAAGACUGGUCCGUAAUAUGUGACCCGCUCUACCAAAACUAGGCGCUUGUCGCAUCUGAACUUGACAGGUUGAUACGGACUUGUUGUUCAUUUCCCUAUUGUAGACCUUCUGUGAAAUCUAGUGUUCAUUUCCCUAUUGUAGACCUUUUGUGAAAUGUGACCAAAUCACUUUGUAAUAGAUUUCACAAAAGGUCUACAAUAGGGAA